AACACAAACCAGUGACAAGCCAGCGGAUAAACGAUCUCACGCGCAAUAACAAUAUCAUAAUAAUAAUAAUAAUAACAUAAAUUUAUAUUUACAUCAGACCGAACCCGACGGCUACUGCGCGCGGUCGCGUGUCAUACACAUAACCGAAAUUUUUGUACCGGGAUUUCCGUCGUCAUGGGUCGCGAACGUCAAAUGCCGCGGUGGUCCGCCACCUCGCAGCUCGCCGUCGCAGCCUUUGCGCUGUUUGCCGCCACCGCCGUCUUUCGUUGCUGCGGCUGUUCGACGCCAAUCGACGCAGAAGUCGACCACCGCGGCGACGGGGCACUUUAUCUGUCGCCCAUGAUACGCGACGGUCGAAUAGACGAGGCGCGAAUCAAGUGUCGCGUGCACCUGAACAACAGCACGGCGGAGGCGGUGAACAGUUGCGCCGGUUACCUGACCGUGAACGAGACGCACGGUUCCAACUUGUUCUUCUGGUUCUUCCCGGCCGCGAACCGGACCGGCGACGCGCCAGUCGUGCUGUGGCUCCAGGGAGGACCGGGCGCGCCCAGCCUGUACUCGGUGUUCAACGAGCACGGCCCGUUCACGGUGGACGCGGCCGGCAGUCUGUGGCCGCGCCGGCACGCGUGGACGACCACGCAUUCCAUGCUGUACGUAGACAACCCGGUGGGCACGGGGUACAGCUUCACCCGGAACGACGCGGGUUACAGCACUGAUCAGACCGCCGUCGCCGCGAACCUGUACGCCGCCCUGGUGCAGUUCUUCGAGCUGUACCCCGAGCACCGGGACAACGAGUUCUACGUGGCCGGCGAGUCGUAUGCGGGCAAGUACGUGCCGGCCGUGUCGUACGCCAUCCACCGGAACAAUCCCGGGGCCCAAGUCAAGAUAAACCUCAAGGGACUGGCCAUCGGCAACGGGCUCAUCGAUCCCGUCAACCAGAUGGUGUACAGCGAUUUCUUGUUCCAGUACGGGCUCAUCGACGGUACCGAUAAAUUAUACUAUUAUAUUAUGGGUUGUAUCUAGGGGCGGGAACCGGGAAAAUAUUUUUGUCCCGGUAAAUUUAUGGUCUGACUGGCCCUUUUCAUGCGUUUCUAUUAUUCAGACAUCAGCUAAAAAUCCAAAUGUGUUUGCAAUGUUUGUCUGAGAGUCUAAUUCGAUUUUUUUUUUUUUUAAAGAAUAUCUUUUUUUUAUUCUAAACUGUUAC